CCUAUGACCAAUUUCUGACGUCAUUUCCGUACUAAACAUAGACAAUUGUGUAAAUGUGUUGACAAAAAAACUCUGAAGAUGUCUAUGUCAGAUGACUCUGAUUACGAUCAUUCGGAUCACAUGGAGGAUGAUGAUUACGAUUUUGGAGGUUACUAUGACAAUGACACAGAUGAUCUUGACAUAGAUAAACCAAAGAAAAGUGAGGAUCCUGAGUACUUUGAGUACGAACUUCUGCAGGUGGAAGACGUAGAACGACUGUUAAAUGAGGAGGUCGAAGUUCUUUGUAGUACUAUUAAGGUGGAUCCCUACCUUGCCAAAAUGCUGCUACAAGUACAUGACUGGCAGAAAGAUCCCAUUAUAGAAAGGCACAAGAGAAGCCCCUCCAAGCUGUUGGUGGACUCCAAGAUCAUGCCUGCUGUCAAACACCAGGAUGAAACUGUAGGGGGACAGAAGGAAUGCAAUGUUUGUUUUCUGCCCGCUCCUGGAGAGACAUUCAGCUGUUUGACCUGUGGACACAUCUUCUGUAAAAACUGCUGGGAUUUAUUUUUCCAAAUCCAGAUUAAACAAGGAAUUACCACAGGCAUCGAAUGCAUGCAGAAAGACUGCCAUAUUCUGGUUCCCGAGGACUUCCUCUGCAACGCUCUAUCCAAACCUGAAUUACGAGACAAAUACACACAGCUGUCCUUCACAGACCAUGUCAAGUCACAUCCAGAACUGCGGUUCUGCCCUGGUCCUAAUUGUGCGGUGAUAGUGCGCUCUAAGGAGCUGAAAUCAAAGAAAGUCGAGUGCAGUCAUUGUAAAACCACAUUUUGUUUUCGAUGUGGGAUAGACUACCAUGCCCCAACUGAUUGCGGAACAAUCAAAAAAUGGCUGACAAAAUGCGCCGAUGAUUCAGAAACUGCUAACUACAUCAGCGCUCACACCAAAGAUUGCCCAAAAUGCCAUGUGUGUAUAGAAAAGAAUGGAGGGUGUAAUCACAUGCAAUGCACGAAGUGCAAGUUUGACUUCUGCUGGAUGUGUCUGGGGGAUUGGAAGGCUCAUGGAAGUGAAUAUUACGAAUGCAGUCGCUACAAGGAGAAUCCGAACAUCGCCAAUGAAUCGGUCCACGCUCAGGCCCGUGAGGCCCUCAAGAAGUAUCUUUUCUACUUUGAAAGGUACGAAAACCACGCCAAAAGUCUUCAGCUAGAGGAACAAACCCUCCAGAGAAUCACCUCUAAGAUUCAGGACAAGGUGAUGAAGAAUACCGGCACUUGGAUUGACUGGCAAUACUUGCUGGACGCUGCCACACUGCUGAAGAAGUGCCGGUACACCCUGCAGUACACAUAUCCCUAUGCUUACUAUAUGGAGAAAGGAGCUAGGAAACAGCUGUUUGAAUACCAGCAAGCUCAGUUAGAAGCUGAAGUGGAGAAUUUGUCUUGGAAAGUAGAGAGAGCGGAGAUAACAGAUAGAGGGGAUUUAGAAAACCAAAUGGACGUAGCAGAAAAAAGACGGCUGACAUUGUUAAAAGAUUUUCUGGAAAUAUGAACUUAAAUUCGACGGACAUCAUGCUCAUACAUUAUAUACGAAGGUUGCAGAACUGUACCAUGCUAUUGAUUUUAUAUUGUCACUGGUAUAUCGACAGAGGACGCGAAAGCAUGACAGAGGUGUAUCUAGGGAGAAUAGUAAUAGAGAAAUGUCGGUCACCAGAACCGUGUUUAGUGACGGGACAGAGUGACAAGCUCGUUGGUCUCUGACUGGCUGUUGUCACAACAAACAAAGAAUAAUAAAGCUGUGCAGUUGGAAUGUGAGAAUUUCACAUUUCUCCGCUGUAAAUUCAUGUGCCAUGUUGCAGGACAACAGACUGCGAGGGGUCAUACAAUGAAUUAUGUACAGGUCAAGAAAACUAGUACCUUUAUUAUGGGCCCAGUCCCUUUAUCAUGGGCCCUGUGUAUGCAACCCCAAUACAUCAGUAUCUUAACAAAGGUUUAAUUUCAUCGCUAAAUAAGAAUAUGAUUUUAAUCCUUUUGAAAUGUUUUUCAAUUCUCUGAGGAAUCAAAUUUUCAUACAAUGUACAUAUUUACAUCUAUUACUGUGGAGAUUAACUGGGACUGAUUUUUUCAUAGUAUAUGUAUUUAGAUUUUAAGAUUUUUGUGUUGUAUCUUCCAGAAUAGAACACCUUGAGAAAUCUGCAACUUUUGGGUAAUCAUUACUGUAAAAAUUCAUAUAAAAAUGAUAUUCUGAGUGGUACAAAUCUUUAACACUUUCGAAAAUUAUGAUACAUUUUUCGUGUUUUUUUUUUUUGUUUUUUUUUUCAUGUUUCAUGUCAGAGGGCAGAGUUAGACUCUCUUAUGUUGAAAUCUGGAAAGAGGGAGGUGGAAAGUAGUUGUUGUGAGGAAAUGUCAAAUUUCUGAAGCGUUACUAGUCACAUGACAUUCAUGUUCAGUACUUACUGUAUAUUUAUUGUAUUUAUUAAUGAAUUGUCAAAUUGAUGUACUUUUCUUAUUUAUGAUAUUUUUUGAAGAAUGCAUAUUUUAUGUAAUAAUAGAAAGAAAUUGUUGCAAGAGGGGUUUUUUUUAUGUUUAUUUUUUUUUUUUUCAUUAUGACUGCAUUCACUAUUUUAGUAAGAAUUGUGGGAACUCUAGUAUAUGUAUAUGUGUUUCUUAUAUAUGUGUUUCUUAUAUAUGUGUUUCUUAGCUUGAUGUGAAAAUUGGAGAAAUUUUGUGCUUGAUUUCACUUAUGUUUGAGAAAUUUCCCAUUUGAAUUUACGUCAUAAACCAUAUAUAUAUAUAUAUAUAUAUAUAUAUAUAUAUAUAUAUAUAUAUAUAUAUAUGUCUGUGAGUUACUCCUAGCAAAAAGGGUCCUUAAGUGUAUUAGUGCUAAAUUGUGAACCAUAGAGAACAUUCCUCAAAAUAUCAGAGCAAUGUUGAUUGUCGUUAGAAUAUUACAGGCAAUUAAAGAUUGUGAUUGGUAAUCAUGGCCUUUGUCUUUCCAAGUAUGCAAAAAAUUACGUCACAUUUCUUCAUGUCGUCAUGUUUCUUCAUGUCGUUUUUUGAAAAACAUUGUUGGAUAAGAUAAGGCUCUUUUUUGCUAGGAACGGCUAUAUAUAUAUAUGACACAUAUAAAUUGUGAUGCAUGAUGUGCAUGAAUAUAUUUCAAGAAUCAUGACAUUCCAAAUUGUACUUUAUUUACAUACAAAAAAUGUGUUUCAUUAAUUUGGGUUUCUGUUUUAAAGAAAGAUUUAUGUUCACACCAUUUAAAACCCAAUAUCAUUACACAUGUUUAAUUGCAUUUCUCUUGUAAGGAUAAAAACCAGCUGAUUGAAAUGUCCAGCCUUUUUUGUAAUAUAAUAGAUAUUCAAAACGAGAUAUUGUUGAUGUAGAAAAGACAUGCCUUGUAUUUUAUUUUACCAGUGAAAGACAAGCACUUGGAAGGUUGUACAAGACUUGCAAAGUAAUGAAAUAUUCAGCUUUUCAUUCCUCAGGAGCUAAAUAAGUGCUACAUAGAAAAGCAUUGAGUUGUUCAGAAAGCUCAGAUUGGAAUGCGACUACUAAAUCGUUAUUGAUAAGGGGAUGUACCAGUUACAAGUCACCAACACAGGUCCCCCAUCGAAAACUUACUUUAGUCUUGCAUUAGACAUAUUCAUUAGUGCUCAAACUAUUUGAUGUUAUAGAUCCUUUAAUUAAGAAGCUGUUACAUUUCCCAGUCACGUUGUAAGCUUGAAUAAUGUAAUGAGUGUAUUUUAUUCGAAAGAUAUUUUCAAUAUUUUUUUGCACAAGUCUUUUUGUUUUUUCAGUAGUUUACAUAUGUGACAAAUUGUAUGUUAAUGUCAAUCUGUAUUCCUUAUAUGUUUUUUUUUUUCACUGAUUGAUGUAAAUGGUGGUUCCUACAAACGAAAAAAUAAAACGGGGAUUGAAAUGUCAUCCAAAAAUUGAAAAUGAAAAAUCAUUUCUGAACUGGCUAAUAGUGUUUUAAGAAUUAUGUGGAAGUUGUUGUAAAGUUUGAUGCUCCUAUUUGGAGGGGGGGGGGGGGGGGGGGGGAUGUUAGUAAGUCAUGUGAAGAAGUUCGUCAUUAGAGAUUUGAUUAUCUAAACAGUUAAGAUUUACACAUUUCAUUUAAUGGGCAUGGUGAUCAUACACACAAAAACUAGUGUAUUGUUUGUGAUCCUACACCCAUGAUUUAUAUCUGUAUAUUCUAUGAUACUAUAAAUAUUUACUGUGGACUGAUAUCUAUGAUUUCGCAUACAUGUAGGUAACAAAGGAAGUGUACUGUCUUAGGAAGGUUUGUUUAUAAGUGCUUGCAUCAUUUUCCAUAGCUGCCACAAUUUCAUUUUUCAUUAUAAAUAAAUGAUUGAAUUAAA